AUGGCAUCCUCACUACCAGAGUCCAACACAUCUCUCACAUAUACGCAACCUUCAUCUCAACCACGUCUUACACAUACACCCAUACCGAAACCAGGUCCCCAAGAAGUUCUAGUGAAGAUUAAAGCCGCAGCUAUCAACCCCGUCGACAUCCAACUAUGGGGGAACCCCGUGAUCGGCUGGCUAGCAGGCAAGAAGGAGAAAGGAAUAGGACGCGACUACUCUGGCGAAAUCGUGUCAAUGGGCGAAGAAGCAAGUAAGAGCGGAAAAUGGGAGGUUGGCGACCAAGUCUUUGGAUUGUGUAAUCGACCUAUGGCAGAAGGGACAUUCACACAAUAUCUCUCCAUCAACCCAACCUCCGAGCCCAUCGCAAAGAAACCUACUACCCUUUCCCACCACGAAGCCGCCGCCAUCCCUCUCGUAGUCCUAACAGCCUUCGCCUGCCUCGACUGGCUCCCCUCCCCAUCCAGCUCCCCAUCCCCCUCGCAACGCCGCGUCAUCGUCUCAGGCGCAAGCGGCGGCGUAGGAAUGUGGUGCGUCCAACUCGCCAAAAAGCUGUAUUCCUGCCACGUAACCGGCAUCUGCUCCGGCUCCAACGUCGAAUUCGUGCAAUCCCUGGGAGCAGACGAAGUCAUCGAUUACCGCACCCAAGACGUGCCCAACUCGCUUCUUUCCAAACGGCCCGGCGGCACGAAAUACGAUUUGUACAUUGACUGUGUGGGCGGCACGGAGAUGUUUGCGCAUUGGAACGAGUUACUUCAUCCGGCGGGCGCGUAUAUUACUAUUGUGGGGGAUAAGACUUCGAGGACAGCGAUGGGUGGGCCGUUGACGUAUUUUACGUAUCCGUCGCAGGUGAUGAGACAUGUUUGGGGAUACUUCUUUGGGCCGAGGUAUGCGAAUGUUAUCUUGUAUCAGAAGAGUGAGUUACUGGAUCAGGUCAGGGAGUUGGCGGAGAAGGGCGAGGUAAAGGUUGUGGUGCAGGAUGUCGUUAAGGGGAUCUUGACAGAGGAAAGAUGUAAAGAGGGGUGGGAGCAGGUCAAGGGGUACAUGGUCGAAGGAAGAGUUAGGGGGAAGAUUGUUGUUGAUGUUGCGUAG